AUGGCACCUGAGACAUGGCCUGAAGAUACGGCACACGAGCAGCGUGCACCAGCCCUUUGCUCUGUGGACCGCAUACUACAGUGGCUGAAUGAGCACUUCCAACAGUUCUGGGUAGCCCUGGAGAACCACCAAUCAUUAAAACCGCUCCGAACCUUGAGUAAGAAAACAGAGCAGAGAGAAACGGAGGGAGCAGAGGACCCCCUCUGGCCUAAUGCAACCAGACAAGCCUGCACCUCAUAUCACUAGCCCACCUGGGCGGAGAGACGUCCACCACAUACGGCGGCAGACCAUCAUGUCCCCCCGUUACUCCCACCAUGGGAAGGACUCCGUCCAUAGAGGAGACCGGGUCCGUGGUUGAAGGAUAUAGGCCUUCAUACUGGCCUGGGGCUGGAGGGAGGACUCACCUCGCCCCCGACGAACCACCACCUCUGUAUCCUGUCCUGUAACAAGCGCAGCUGGCUGCACACAGGGCCCAGAACGAGGGCGCACCGCACAUGAGGCUUGUUGCUGGACCACCUUUGAUGGACUCAAUCACACUCUACAAGCAAUGCCCAGCCGAGGAAUUGGAUGAAAAUCUUGCCAAGGAGACGGACUGUUCCACAGAGGCCAAGCACACGACCCUCCUGCAACCGGCCUAG